AUGUUCUACUCGCUGUGCCUUUGGUUUCUGAGCAAGUUCUUCAACAUAUCGGACGUUCGACCUUUCCAUAAUCCUGAAGAAUUCACCGCAAAUCACCGCAAUGCAAUCACAUCAGCAGCCGGUCUGAUAGUUGUGGACAAGAGCAAGCACCAUUCUGCCUUCAUCGCCGCUACUGCAUCGGGUUCCCUUCGCACAGUAGAAGCCGUCGCGUCUGCAGUGCUUCGAAUGCUGCUGUUCGAUGAAGAACCCGGCGCUGCCAUCAAUGCCAACGCAACCUUUCAUGAUUUCGUACGAGGCGGUUUCUAUUGCGAAAAUCAGGAUGAGAAGUUUUUGGAAGCGAUUCAAAACUACGCAAAUAUGACGAGUUGCCUACCGGUGGACACGUCGAAUGUUGCCCAUGUAGACAGAGUGGCUAUGGCCGUACGGCGACGGCUACCUGACGGCCGACUUGUGGGCGCCGUAGAUGGCCGAGCGGUCGAUUUCAACUAUGCGGCAGGAUUUUGA